AUGGAAACCGAUAUAGAACAUAUUGCCGAGAACGGUGAUGUUUUCAUUCAUCGUCUGAAAAAGUUAUCUGACGAUGAAAAACAACGCCUCGUAGCCCAAAAUUCUCGAUUGAUACCUGAAGCCAAAGCUGCGCGCCUCGAGAAAGAUGCUAAACGUCACUGGGAUAUCUUUUACAAAAGAAACGAGACGAAAUUUUUUCGGGACCGGCAUUGGACCACACGUGAGUUUCAAGAGCUUAUUAAUUUUGAUGCGGGAGAAGAAAUAAAGUUUUUAGAACUUGGAUGUGGCGUUGGAAACAUGGUAUUCCCUUUAGUUGAGGAGGGUUUCUCUAAUUUUUAUUUCUACGCAUGCGAUUUCUCACCACGUGCUGUUGAGUUUGUCAAGUCGAACAAGUUGUUCAAUGAGAGUCGUAUGAAGGCGUUUUGUGCGGAUUUGACAACAGACGAUUUGUUCGAGAACGUUCAGGAAGAGAGUAUUGAUAUAGCAAGUUUGAUAUUUGUGCUGUCUGCCAUACACCCCGAGGCCUGGUCGCAAGUGGCUAAGGUUGCGUAUCGUGCUCUACGCCCGGGCGGUGUGCUUUUGUUACGAGAUUAUGGCCGUUACGAUAUGGCCCAAUUGCGAUUCAAGCCUGGACAUAAAAUCUCUGAUAACUUCUACAUGCGGCAAGAUGGCACGAGAAGCUACUACUUCACUGAAGAAGAACUACAGAAGUUGUUCACCGACACGGGGUUUGAGGGAAAUACAAAAAGCCGGCUAAAGAUUGAGUCUAAAUCACAGAAGGCUGGACUACAUUGGAAGAAAAGUCAUUGGUAUAAGCACUGGAGAACCAGGACUUGCAGUGAAUAUGCUCUAUCAAGAUGGCGCUGA